UUCCUAAAUCCAUGAUCAAAGACAUUAUGCCAUACAGCAGAAUGUGCCAGAUUCCUCGUGAUCUUUUCAUUGAGUUGUCCACUUACAUCAUUAAGAAGAUCGAUUUCGACUUGGGAUAUGACCCUGCUCUUAUAGCAGCGCGUUACGAGAGGCUUCGUUACCAGCUUCCUGCAAGUCUUGCUCGCCAGAUUCCACAAGACGGUGAAAUUGCUCUGCAUGAUGCUUUGGCUUAUGAUGUUGUUCGCUAUUUGAUCAAGGGAAUUGUGAAAGUAUUCCCUGAUCUAUACACUGACAGGUCACUUACAGCUUUUGCAGGAAACCCAGUAGCUCCUUUCAACCGCCGCAUUUUCUUCUACAGUGACAUGCUUUUGAUUGGUAAAACAAUGGAGAGGUACAGCCUAAAGACAUAUUCUGAUGACGAGCCCAGGCGCAUUUUCUAA